GGCUGAUCCAGUCUGAUCGCUGAUCGCCCGACCGAACCGAAAGCAGCGCGACAACAACCCGACUCCCUCCGGCGCGAUGAAAGCAAUAAGCCCCGUGCGCUCCUUCCGGAAAGCCGGCGCCGGUUUCUCGGAUCACUCCCUGGGAAUCUCCCGGAGCAAAACCCCGGUGGACGACCCGCUCAGCCUGCUGUACAACAUGAACGACUGCUACUCCAAGCUGAAGGAGCUGGUUCCGAGCAUCCCGCAGAACAAGAACGUCAGCAAGAUGGAAAUCCUGCAGCAUGUUAUCGACUACAUCCUGGACCUGCAGAUCGCGCUGGACUCCAGCCUGCAUCACCCCGCGGCGCGGCCGGGGCAGAGCGCGUCCCGGACCCCGCUGACCGCCCUCAACACAGACAUCAGCAUCCUGUCGUUACAGUCCCCGGAGUUUCCGUCAGAGCUGCGGACAGAUGACAGCCGGACUCUGCGUCGCUAAGGCGGUGUUUGGUCAAGACGCAGAAACACACGCAGGACGCGGGGAGCAGGACUUUCCUCCCCCACUCUCCUGGAUUUUUUUUUUUCCUCCAGAAAUCAAGAGACUUUCGCUUAUUAUGGGACAAUCUGAUGUGAUGUGUUUUCUGUUUGGACUCCUCGUUAUUAUUUAAUUUAAGACUUCUUAUUCGUGGGUCCUUUCUGGAAACGGAAGGCGCGUUAUUCGGGAUUAUUUCCCCUCCUGUCCUCCCUUCGUCUCCCCUCUCCCCGUUUGAACUCUUCGCUUUUUUGCGGAGGUUGGGAUCGUGUACAGAACAAACUCGGUUAGUUACUGUAAAAAGUUUAGUCUUGUCUUGUCAGAAUUGUUGGCACAUGAAGGACUGGACGAUGUUUAAAACAUAAAAAAGAGUAAAAGUGAAAGAAUGAGACUUUGUGAACUCUCUUGUAUAGUUGCAGGAAUUUGAAACUCCUGCAAAAAAGUGUAAUGUUGUACUUAAUUAUGCUGAAACUUUUUAUAAAAGUUAUGUAAAUUGUACCUCUCUUUUUUUUUUCUUUUUUUAUACAAAAUAAAUCCAAAACGCAACUGC